AUGCCUAAGCACAAUUCUGCAACGUUGACAUGUGAUAGUAAAACCGUACAUAUCACAACUACUUUGUACAUCCAGGUGGAUUAUACCUUGGUUUGUUCAGGACAAAUUGGGCUUUCAUUUGGUGGUAAAUGUGCUCUCAGUGACACCGCUGUCUCAGUGCUGGUGUCAAAGACCGGUACGCAAAUAUGCAGCCCCACGGAAAAAAGCCCAGUUCCGUGAGGCCGCAUAUUUGUGACGUUGGCGGGAAAGGGGUUAAGUUCUGUGCCAACAUAGUAGAGGCUGAGUUACUAUGUAAU